AUGCAUACAAAAAAACCCAUAGAGUACGAGUACGUUCGGCGGAUUCUUCGCGAGCCGGCCAGUGUCGCGCGCGUCUCAGUGCAGCUGCAGCAGCGCAGCCACGUGGCUCACACGCAUCCCGCGCGCGCGCCCCCCACGGCGACGAUGCCGGCCUCCUUCCUUCGACGCGCGGCGCUCCUGGCUUCGCGCGACGCGACGACGCUCGCGCGGAGCGCGACGAGCGCGUCCUCCGUCGCGUCCGCGUCCGCGCCGCGCCUCCGCCGCGCGCCGCGUCUCUCGCGCGCGACGUCGUCGACCACGACCUCGACCUCGGCGUCGUCGUCGUCGACGACCGCGGUCGACGCGACGUCGCCGCCGCCGCCGCCGCUGUACACGCGCACGCACGAGAUCUUGCGCCCGGAGUCGGUCUCGUCGGACGGCUCAGAGAUCACGAUGACCGUCGGCCUGACCGAGCACGCGUUCGACAUCAUCGGCGACGUGCGAGCGGUCGAGGCGGUGGACGCGGAGGAGGCGGACGGAUGGCGUCGUCGUCGUCGUCAUCAUCAUCACGCGGCGGGGAGGCGGCAGCCGAAUCACGCGGCGGCGGCGGCGGGUCCGUCCUCCACGCUCCUCGCGCGGCUGCACUGGGAAGGAUUCAAACGCACGGCGUCGGACGAGCUGUACCACGCGUCGUGGGCGAACGUCUCGGACGUGCGCGACGUCGCCGUGCCGUUCCCGGCGACGCUCGUGGGACUCAACGCGGCGGCGGUGGGCGAGCCGUACGAGGCGCGUUCUGUCAUCUCACGCCGGUCCCCGCGCGACCGCGUCGGCGCGGCGCGCGCCGUUCCUUGA